GAGGAGGGGGGUGUUGCAUGCUCGCAGAGUGUGACAGAGAUAGAGCGAUUCCAUGAGCAAGAAAGAGACACAGAGACAGAGAGGGAGAACACUAAGCAGAGAUGGGGACCGAACGCUGAGAUAAAGGUAGCUGGCAAGACUGAACUCAGCGCACAAACGUGAGGAAAGGAGAAAGAGAGGAAGAGAGGGGAGGUUGAAGGAGAGCAGGAGGAGGGGGAGAGAGGGAUGCAAGAUGAUGGAGCCCAGAAAUAGGCUUCAGAGGACAGCUUUUUAUCCCAGCUCUCUGCGGCAGACAUGACUCUGGGCAUUGGACUGUGCUGAAAUUAGCCAGGGGGACAACACAGGACAGCAGGUCUGCAGCGCUGCACUGCCUUGAUUCAGCCUCACUGGAUGCAGCAAGGCAGCUGAUUUAUUACUGAGGGGCUGGGUGGCAGCGUGUUUGUGUGUGGCUAUGAGUGUGUGCGCGCGUGUGUGUAUGCAGGUUUUUAUGGUCCUUGCAGCGCUCGGAGCUCUGGGAGCGACCAUUCCUCCAGUCGUAAAGUGACAUUCAGCAGGCAGCAGCUUUGUGUGCUGGUGUGGAUCUGCAGUCUUCAGUAGGAAGCUGGAGAGUAGGAUUUGGAGCUGUCAUCAUCGAGCGCAAGUGUGAGAGUGUGUGUUUAUGGUGCUGUCCGCUGAGGUGAGCGAGGGGGAUCAGCCAUAUGUGGUGAGUGUGUGUUUAGGUUGGAGUGGCAAGGGUGCAGCAAAGGCAGAGAUCCUACACAAUGCAAGGACAAGCAAAGAGCAGCACUGAUGGCAGGGAGUGCAGCUGAAGUACAAGGAGUGCCCUGGGGGUAGGGUGGAGGACGAAGAGGAGGACGAGGCAGAGGAGAAGGAGAAAAGAGCAAGGAGAGACGAGGGGGAAAAGAGAGGGUGAUCAUGGCUGUCAUAUGCUGAGCUAUAGCAUAUGCUGUAGCGUAGAAUAGAGUGGUGCGGCAGGGGGAGGAUAAGCAUCACUGCACAGGGGAGGGGGAGAAGGGGGGAGAAAGAGGGUGAAAGAGGGAGAGAGGCAAUCAGCACAGCACCUCUCCUCCACCAGGAAGAACAGAACAGCAGGACGGGCUGAAGAGAAGACUCCAAAAAGGAGAGGCCAGGUCUACGGUGUAGAGGUCAAAAAGGGAGCUGCCGGUGUGGGACGGGGGGUCGGGUGUACCCCUGCUGACGGCCAGGAGGAGAGUGCAGGCUGGUCCUGGGAAAAGCUGAAGGAGCCUGCCGCUGUCCGGUGUCGGACAAGUCCAGUUUCUUCUGACAGUGGUUCCACUUCUCCUUCAUCAUGGGAGAAUGGACCAUUUUGGAGAGGCUGCUCGAGGCGGCUGUCCAGCAGCACUCUACCAUGAUUGGGAGGUGGCCAGAAAAAGGAGACCAAAGGGAUGUCCGUGUUGCUCUGUUUCUGCUGGAUAUGAUCUUGCUGACAGUGGUGGUGAUUUUCCGUAUCCUAAUAGUAGGCAUAGUGGGGGAAAAGGUGUAUGAGGAUGAGCAAAUCAUGUUCAUCUGCAACACCAUGCAGCCCGGCUGCAACCAGGCUUGCUAUGACAAAGCCUUUCCGAUCUCCCACAUCCGCUACUGGGUUUUCCAGAUCAUCUUGGUGUGCACACCAAGUCUGUGCUUCAUCACCUACUCUGUUCACCAGUCUGCGAAAGCACGAGAUCGUAGCUACUCUCUGCUGCAUCCUCACAUGGAUCACUAUGGCCACGGUCACCAUGGUCGUCAUCAUGACCAUCAUGCUCGCAAGCUUCAUUCUCGCAACAUCAAUGGCAUCCUGGUGCACCCUGACAGCAGUAAGGAGGAUCACGACUGCCUAGAGGUGAAAGAGAUCCCCAACGGGCCCAGAGGCCUCCCUCACACACACAAGAGUGCUAAAGUACGACGACAGGAAGGCAUCUCCCGCUUCUACGUCAUCCAGGUCGUGUUCCGCAAUGCGCUGGAGAUCGGCUUCUUGGCUGGCCAAUACUUCCUGUACGGCUUUAAUGUGCCUGGGAUGUUUGAGUGUGAUCGCUACCCAUGUGUGAAGGAAGUGGAGUGUUAUGUGUCUCGUCCUACAGAAAAGACCGUUUUCCUGGUCUUCAUGUUUGCAGUAAGCGGCAUAUGUGUGCUGCUCAAUCUGGCUGAGCUCAACCACCUUGGCUGGAGGAAGAUAAAGACGGCCAUCCGAGGGGUGCAGGCACGCAGGAAGUCCAUCUGUGAAGUCCGCAAGAAGGAUGUUUCACACCUGUCCCAGGCCCCGAACCUGGGCAGGACCCAGUCUAGCGAGUCAGCCUACGUCUGACAGAGGCUUCUCUGCCUGGGGGCUCAAGGACCUCUUAAAUUAUGGAGAGGAGCUUUUCCCUGGCUCAGGACCCGCAAUCAUUAGGGCACAAAAAUAAACUCACCACUACAUUAUUAUUCAGGAGCACAGACAGACUCUCUGUAGUCAUGAUGAAGUUCACAAGUCUUGGACACUUCAAGACAGAAGAAUCACUUUCCUAAAAAGGCAACUGUGUUGCUUUGACAAAGCUUGCAUAUAAACUUUAAUGGAGAGUUCUGCUCUGCCUAGGUGACACUAGGUGCCUUUAAAGAACUCGAUAAAUACAACUGAGCAAUUACUACUAAAAUACUGUAAAGGUAGUCUGAGGUUGAAUUAUCUAAAAUCUUUCAUUAUAAGCCUUUUGCUGUUGGUCAAAAAUAAUCCCCUCAUUUUUAAUUAAGUGUGCAUAUGCAAGAGCUUAAGCGUGUGCAUGCAUACGCAUGUGUGGGAAAAAAGCCAAUGUCUGACUUUAGUCAGAGAAUAGAAUGCUUAGCUAAUCUGAGCUAGUGAGAGAAGGACAACUUUAUUACUGUCCAUAAUAUUUCAAUAAAGUCACUCGAAAGACUUGAUGCACCUUUUUCUUAAUGCGCUAAGAAACUUAACACAAACUAAAGAUUACAAACAGCACUAAAACUACUAACUUAAACUGGAACAUGUUGCUGUACUGUAUUAAGCUUUUUCUUAAAAAUGUCUCUAUUCCACACUUUCUUUGUCACUUUAGGUGCCAAUCAGAGGACAGACUGACAAUGUCCUGUCGGCAAGUUGGCAACAAAUCAUUUGUUGCAAAAAGUAGGUCAAAGUUAGACAUGGUGCAUUGAAUUUAGAUUCACUUUCCAACACUGUGUUAUACACCACAAUGCUCUCAGUGCCUGCAAGGCAUGCUGUUUAUCGUCAGAACCCACAGAAAACAGUCAAGAAAAGUGUGCCAGUGUUUCCACUUUGGUUCUAAGUGUGAUCGCUGUCUACAAGGAAGAAAGGAGUUACAUAAGGAUUUUUUUCAAGUAUUGUAGUCACAGAUAUUUUCAUGUAUAACCUCAAGAUCUUUUUCACAAGCCGAAUUGGUGCCAUACUUAAAAGUUAUUGUACAUAAAUGAAAUAUAAUAUUUACACUUAGCCUUUUCCCAUAUAGCGGUAUAGAUGAACUGCUUUUGGAUGGGGGAACAAAGGUUGAGGUGGUAAUAAAGAUUAAUCAUAGAUUGCCAGCUUUAACAAUAUGUAUUAUUAAUGUGCUCUUUGUUAAGUCUUCUCUGUUUAAUGAAGACUAUGUUCCAAAAAGUGUUCUCCCCCUAUGGACUUUGAAAAAGGCAUGUUACCGAAGCAUUACUAGAAUGGAUAGAUUAUGACAUGUAAUUUAAAAAGAGACUGUUUUAUUUAUUUAUUUGCAUCCUGCUCCUGUGAAAUGUAGUACUCAGCAUGCAUUAAGAUGAAUAAUCUAAAGAGAUAUGAAUAUAGCAUCCCAUUGUGGGAAUAUUGAAAGUGAAUACCUGAAAGGCUCCAGAAAUGCAGCAAUAAUAAUAUCUAGUAUGUGAAAAAAGAUAUGUGAAUAAAUUAUUAUGCAAACAAUGA